AUGAAACAGUCUCGCCAUCUGCUAUGUCUAGCCACAUUGCUUAUAUCCCCCUCGUGGAGUAUAGAAUCAGCACCAUUCACUCACGCAGCGACCGCCACGACCGCCGCGGCGGCUACAGCAUCCAUUCUCAACGCUGUACCUGCCGCAUACGAUUUGCAAAUCCUCAAACGCGACGGUAACUGUCCCGCAAACUACAAUUCAUGCUCCAACGAAGGCGAGUCCGGCAUCUGCUGCGAAUCAGGGACAACGUGCACUGUCGAUGCCGCGAAUCACAUUGCUUGCUGUCCGACAGGAGCGAAGUGUACGGGAACGCUUGGUGCGACAUCGACGACAUCCGGCUUUGUUUUCCCAGAAGGGACUACUACUACCAGCAGCAGCAGCAGCACAUCAUCUACGAGCUCGGCAGCGAGCAUUACGGGAUCUACCAUACCUGACGCGGCGUAUCCGUUUGUGUAUAUCCCGACAACCUUCGAAAACGCCGCGACGUGUAGCUCGUACUAUUCCCUGUGCCGGAGUGAGUAUACUAGCUGCGUGGUCUCGCUCGGGGGACAGUAUGGGGUGACUAUCGGCGGCAGUGGUGGGGGAGUGACGGUGGAAGGAAACUCAGGCGUCACAUCCGCUUCGGCGGCGGUUUCGACGUGCUCGAGUCUGAGCAGAGAAGCUUGCUAUGGGCUGCAAGAAUCAUACUGCACAGCAUACGGCACAUCGACCGGCAGCUCGUUUGUGACGGGGAGUAAUGCGUCGGCUCGGAAAUCGAGCUUGCAUGAGAUUCUGCUUGCGGUGGCAUCGGGCAUUUUGGGAAUGUUGAUAUGA